AUGGGCUUUUUGGAGAGUUUGGCCUGGCCGGCAUUAUGGCUGGCAGACGCAGGGCUCACGGGCCUUGUUACCUGGAAAAUACCAUACACAGAGAUUGACUGGAAGGCGUACAUGGAACAGAUUGAAUUAUACAACAGCGGCGUGCGGGACUACAGCCAAAUUCGCGGGGGUACUGGUCCGCUCGUGUACCCUGGAGGUCACGUGAUGAUUUUCGACAUGCUGUACGGAUUCUGCGACAAUGGCACGAAUAUCGUCAAAGCUCAGCUGAUUUAUAUGGUCUUGUACUUGCUCACACUUGCAAUGGUUCUUUCGAUUUAUCGGAAAGUCAAGUUGCCGUUCUACUCUGCGGUGUUCAUUGUUCUGUCGAAACGGCUGCAUAGCAUUUACGUUUUGCGCUUGUUCAAUGACUGCUGGGCUACAUUGUUUGUCGUGAUAGCCGUCAGAAUGCUGCUGGACAGACGCGUUUUUACCUCAGCUCUGCUGUUUUCCUGCGCGGUUAGUGUUAAAAUGAGCGCGUUGUUGUUUUUGCCCGGCGCUGCGUUGGUGUACUGGAAAAUGAUGAAAUUUAGGGCUGCAUUCCUUGCAAUUCCAUUUUUUGGUGUCCAAAUAGCUGUCUGGUGGCCAUUCAAAGAGUACUGGAGAGAGUAUGUGAACGGUGCGUUCGAAUUCGGGCGACAAUUCAUGUACAAGUGGACUGUGAACUGGAAAUUUGUGCCCGAAGAAGUGUUUCAGUCCAAGCAGUUUGCAUACACGCUUUUAUUUGGCCACAUCAGUUUUCUUAUUGUCAUGGCUCUUCAGUUUUUCGAGAAGCCACUCACACCGCGGCACAGCGUCAGAGUCCUCGCGGUUGCAAACGCAAUUGGUAUGUUAUUUGCCCGGUCUUUGCACUACCAAUUCUACUCAUGGCUAUACUGGACGGUCCCACUUUUAAUGGCCGAUUUGGGCUGGCUAGGCUUCCCUGUUUGGGCUGCCCUGGAGUACGCAUGGAAUGUCUUUCCGGCCACUGCGCUUUCGUCUAGAAUUGGGGUUGCCGGACUCGCCGCAUUAGUUAUUGGAGGUAUGAGCAAAUCUAGACACGAAUAA